AUGGAAGACUUUAUACCAAAUGGAAAGAUUUACUAUCGAGAUCGACAUCCGCUUGGUAAAAACGAUGAAAACGGUCACCAAGAACAGAAGGAUUUUUGGAAAGUUACAUGUUACGCAGACGACCAAGAUGGAGGGAAUGUAGCUACAGAGAAGGAAAUCUAUGUAUGCGAUAAGACUGUUGUCCUAAGCUUUAGUGGCAUAGGCGAUACGAACAAAAUCGUCAAAACUUUUACCGUGGAAACGCCAAUAAUCGACGUCAGUCAUCAUGGGGCUAAAAAUCAAAAAUUAUGCAUUAUUGAGCAAAACUUUAUAAGUUUUUACGCAGAGGAUGGAUCUUUCUUUACCAGCUCAACGCCUUUUCCGGUACAACACGUUUGGAAUAUAUCCACCGGCCUUUUAAUACAAAGACGAUUUACAGAAUCAGAAUAUGAAAAACAUGGUAAACGAAUACCCGAGUUGUACACGAUCUCAAAUCCAAUCGACGAACCUCAUCCGGUAUUCAUCAAUCUUGAAAGCGGUGAAUCAAAAUAUUUUUAUGGUCCUGAAUAUCAAGUCGUCACCACCAUAAGAGAACCUGAGUUCAUUCUUAUUUUUGAUAAAAAUAGAAAUAAGCAUUCUCUUUGGCAACCACGAAAAUUAAAAACUGAGAAUACAUCUGAUUCCUUCAACACAGACCCAUUAGCGUCCGUUAAUUUUACCGAUCAGCGACUGCAUAAUCUUACGACAAAAUCACAGAAUCUCCAUCAUUCCGCAGCCCUAUCACCUUUUCGAAGUUAUACUCCUCCACCUGUCAAUUCUAGUAUAAUUUCGCAUCAUCGAAACACGCCAGUUUCUACGCUAAUACCACACAUGCCUGCUCAACAAGUUCAUCCUCUACAGGGCAGGGACGAUAUAAACCGUUUGCAACAGCAUCCGACCAUCGGACACCAAACGCCAACCGCGUCCAGUAUUCAACUUUCACUAAAUCGCCAAGGUCGAGAUUUUUCUUUCGUCAAAACAAAUAUAUAUAGUACUGAGCCUCUACAACCUGUACUAUCGGAAAUAUGUUUAUCUAAAAUAUGGGAAGAAGACAUCUGCUUGGCUUCGGUUGCGAAGAAAGCUUUCUUCGCUACUGAUUUCUACGGCAGAAAAUAUUUUUACUGUCUUGUAGGAGAUCAGCUAAGAGUUUAUCAAUAUCAUGAUAUGAAUUUUGAAUAUAAGCUAACAAUAGAGAGCAAGGAUGUCGCAUGCAUGACGGAAACUGGUAUAAUUGCUGUUUUAGAUAAUGCAUCAAAUGGUUACUUUUAUAACGGCCUUCUACAGAUUUGUCAGCUGAACUUCGAUCUCUGGAAAAUUCCAGGAUCGAUUCAGUUCCUAUAUCAAUGGGCGUUUGAUACACUUAUAGUGACUAAUAACUACGGGAAAAUGUUCCGUAUACCUUUAUUGAAGCUGCCAUCGAAUGUUAUCGUUAAAUCGUCCUUAGCUGCUUUGCAUCAAUUACUACCGGAAGAAAUUGGAUUUACAAUACUAGCUCAGUACUUGAAAGCAUCUGUCAACAAAUCUUAUGACAAUAUCGAAUGUAGUCUGGAAGUAUUUGUAAGAUUUCUAUUAUGGCUUAUAUCUGAAAAAGGCUCUCUAGAAGAAGUAAGCGGCACUGGCACUAGGAUUGGAACUGAUAUAUGGUCAGCGGUCCUCCAAACACCAAUUCAUGCUCGAUAUACCAAAGAAGAUCUGCUUGACGUUAUAGUAACAAAGUGUAUCAAACCUGAUAAGAACUGGAUCGGUUAUCAGCAUUUGCCCUCUAUUUUAUUUUCUCUCCAUCUGAUCUAUGAGGAAUUUAAAUUAGAUAGUACUGCAGCUACUUCACUUUAUCCAUUAGCUCAAUUCUUGUACUUCUGUGCCAGUAUUUUAGACGCAAAAUUUUAUCUUGAUUACUACCGCCGCGACUUCCCUAAAUUAUUUACUUACAACUUACAGGAAGUAGUACCUACAGAGCGGUUAUCACAAACAAUGCCGUCUUAUAUUACGUCGUAUCCCAUCAAUGUCAGAAAUUGGAUGAUCCAGUGUUUCCGUCGAUUGAAGAUCUGUACCAAAUUUACUGGCAAUGAAGAAGCUAUUGCUGAGCCUAUUUUCCGUUAUGAAUACUACAUAUUUGAUAUAAACAACCGCGAUCAAAUUUUGAAUUCAUCUGAUGUUUACAUAUCGUGGAAAUUGCAUUCGCUAACAUUUGGCGUACAGAUAAUCCUUCAUCAAAUUUUAAAUGAUUGUCGCCGUAAUCCAUCUGGAAGUUGGCCAAAAUUAGCAUAUGAACUUAUUAAUAGACAAGAUUUAAUAGGACAAACUAAACUUCGUAGUAAUAGACAACGCUUCAGCGAUGACCAAACGAAAGCUACAAAUGAAAUAUUAGAAGAAGAUGUUGACGAAAGUACUUCUGUAUCCAACAAGGUAACGAACCUUAUCUUCGGCAAAGAUCUUAGGCUCAGGGAGGUCGGCAGAUUAUUGAGAUCAUCAAAACCAGUACCAGUGUCGGUAGCUAGAAAACCUGAAUCUAGCGAUCAUGAGUACAUUGAACAACAAGAAGAAUGGUUGUACACCAUCAGUCAAAGAACUAUGGCACUACCAGUUGGAAGGGGUAUGCUGACUCUUUUCAAGUCUUCCCCUAUCGUCGCUGAAGUUGUAUCAAUUCCGUCUCUAAAUUUAACUGGUCGAAUUCCUCCAAAAAAUGCGAUCAUUAAGUUGGAAAUGAGUAACUAUCCAGGUUUAACUGACUGGCCACUUUUUCAUAACGGAGUAGCUGCUGGUAUAAGCAUUAUGCCUGGUCUCUCACAGAUCGACUCAACAUGGAUUGUUUACAAUAAACCUCAAAACGAACAAUCAACAAAUGAACAUGCCGGUUUUCUUAUGGCUCUGGGACUAAGUGGGCACUUAUCUAACUUAAAAGCUACGAGUAUUCAUGACUAUUUAUCAAUGGGACAUUCGAUGAUUAGCAUUGGCUUAUUACUAGGUAUAGCUGCCGCAAAACGUGGAACGAUGGAUUUGGCUGUCACUAAAAUGCUCAGUGUUCAUAUCCGAGCCCUUCUCCCACCUACUUCAGCGGAGUUAAAUAUCUCACAAGACGUUCAAAUUGCAUCGUUGAUUGGUAUCGGUUUACUAUAUGAAGGAUCCCUACACAGAAGUAUGGUCAAGAUGCUCCUAAUAGAAAUAGGGCGUGGACCAGGUCCAGAGAUGGAUAAUUGUACUGAUAGAGAAUCCUAUUCAGUUGCUGCUGGAAUAGCUCUCGGAAUGAUCACAUUGGGUCGUGGUGAUUGUUCUCCUGGAUUAUCUGAUUUGACAAUAUCGGAUUAUUUAUACAACUAUAUUGUUGGCGGAAAUAAAGAUGUCACUAAACGCGCUAUCGAUGAAAAAUCUUCGCCGUCAAGCUAUCUUAUUAAGGAGGGUGUAAAUAUCAACGUGAACGUAACAGCGCCGGGAGCAAUUUUAAGUCUUGGUCUCAUGUUUUUGAAGACAAACAAUCGAUCCAUUGCCGAUUGGUUUAUUGCUCCCAAAACUCAAACCUUGCUAGAGGCCAGUCGACCAGAUUUCUUGCUCUUAAAGACCUGGAGUAGGUAUUUGAUCAUGUGGGAUUCGAUCCUUCCAACAACAGCUUGGGUUGAAAAUCAAAUACCGCCGAUCGCACAAGAGCACGGCUUUUCUAAUGUGAAGGUUGAUAAAACAUUAGAUUACGAGUUAUUAAGUCAAGUUAAGCUAUAUAUUACUGCUGGAGCUUGUAUGGCUAUUGGAUUUCGAUUUGCAGGAUCUGCUAACGCAGAAGCAUUCUCUACUUUGACACAUUAUCUGAACUUUGUAAUAAAAUUACAACAAAAUCCGAGGAUAUCUGAAGAGGCUGGAAAGUGUACGAUAGAAAUGUGUCUUGGGACUAUAUGCUUAGCGCUGGCUAUGGUUAUGUCUGGCACAGGCAAUUUGACGGUUUUAAAGACAUUACGAAAAUUACAUUCUCAAUUAGGAUCGACCGAAAUCAACUACGGUAGACACAUGGCGAUACAUAUGUCUAUAGGAUUAUUAUUUCUUGGUGGAGGACGAUACACGUUAAAUACAACAAAUGAAUCUGUAGCAUAUUUGGUAGCUUCUCUCUAUCCCUAUUUUCCAGCCAACAGCUGUGACAAUAAAUACCAUCUUCAAGCACUUCGUCAUCUUUAUGCGUUAGCCUCACAACCACGAAUUAUGGUUACACGAAAUAUUGACGAUGGAGACCCAGUAUACGUACCGAUAUCAGUCACACUGAAAGCUACUGAAAACUAUCAACGAUGUAAGCUGAAUUUAACCACCCCAUGUCUGCUUCCUGAGUUACACCUAAUCGAACAAGUAAAGACCAAUAGUUGUCAUCAGUACUCAUUUAAAUGCCUUUUAAAAGCAUUACUAGAUAAUCAUGGUACUGUCUUUGUUAAAAGACGGGCUGGGUUUCUCAAUUACAAGUCUGAUCCAAAGGGCUUACAAAAUGCAUUGGCACGAGAUUUCUCCAUUGAAAAAGAAAGCUUAUUUUGUCAACCAUCAAAAAUAAACAAGAUAAAGUCUUUAACUUCCAAUAAAAACCUGUUGGCUUUUGCGGAAUUUCUAUGCAAUAAUACUAAGAAUGAUACUGAAACAUUGAUAAGCAACGAACUAUUAGAGUACAUAAAAUCUUACGUUUCGUGCUACAUGUUGGAUGAUAUUACAGGUACUUUUAAAGAGCCCGAUACAUUUUUAGAAUACGUGAAAGAUGGCGCUAAGCUGAUAACGGCCAACUUAGGCACCUUGGAGCAUUUAGCUAGCUUUCUUCAGUUGUAUGACGUACCGCCAGCAUACCAGAUUUUUGGCAUAAAUGAAGAUGGAGGAUAUCCAUCUGAUUUAUUAUCCCUUUUUAUGAAAUUUGGUGGAAAUCCACCUGCAGAGACGGUGCUUCGAGUUUUACCGGUUAUUAAGAUGAUCUCUUCUAACAAAGACAAUAUGGACUAUGAAUAA